AUGGGAAGAAGAACUUUUCUUCCAUAUAAAGAUGAAACCUUUAUGCCUCCAUUAGCACAACCACCUUAUUCUUUUCAUUUUCAUCCAAACCCAUCACCAUUUCCACCCAUCACUGUUUCAUCUCUUCGAUCUGAUAAUCUCAGUCCAAAUGAUAAAUCCUUGAAGGUUAGUCCAAGCAUUCUUCUAAUAAUCAUCAUUCUAGCCAUUGUUUUCUUCGUUUCUGGUUUACUUCAUCUCCUGGUUCGGUUCCUUUGGAGGCCUCGGGAUAGAGACAGUGAUGAACUGGACGAUGUUACUGCUCUUCAAGGACAGUUGCAGCAGCUUUUUCAUCUUCAUGAUGCUGGUGUUGACCAGUCUUUCAUUGAUACUACUCUUCCUGUGUUUCUUUAUAAGGCUAUUAUUGGAUUGAAGAACCCUUUUGAUUGUGCUGUUUGUUUGUGUGAAUUUGAGCUCGAAGAUAAGCUUAGGUUGUUGCCGAAAUGUAGCCAUGCUUUUCAUAUGGAGUGUAUUGAUACUUGGCUUUUGUCUCAUUCUACUUGUCCUCUUUGUAGAGGUAACUUGCUUCAUGAUUUCAACACAAACAAUAAUAACUGUUCCCCUAUUGUUCUUGUUCUAGAAUCUGGUAGUGAUAGUUCAAGAGAAAUUGUUCCAGAAAGAGAUAAUCCUACUGCUACUGCUAUAGGUACAGGUAGUAGUGUUCUUGGCAGGACUAGUUCUGUUAUGACAAUGAAUUCGGAUUCGGCUUCGGUUGAAAACAUUCCUAAUCCGAAAGUUGUGACUGUUAAGCUUGGAAAGUAUAGGAAUGUUGAUGGGGGUGGUGGAGGAGGGGAAGGAAGUAGUAGCAACAAUGUGGAUGAUAGGAGGUGUUUUUCGAUGGGUUCAUUUGCUUAUAUUAUGGACGAAACAUCUUCGUUGCAGGUACCGAUAAGAACUCCGAUGAAGAUGAAAUCGAGUAAGAAGAAAGCUGUUUUGCCUUUGAUUCCAGGACAUAGGCCAGCAAUGUCGGAAUGUGAUUGCGAAUCCAGAAGAGAUUUCAAGUUUACAAGCUUUGAUUCAACUAGAGGAGGAGUAGUUGAGGAUUUUGCAGGUAUUGGAAAGAGUAGAAAAGAGAGUUUUUCGAUAUCGAAGAUUUGGCUUAGAGGGAAGAAAGAUAAGACUAAUGGUGAUGCUGCAGAUUCAUCUAGAAGAGCUGUUUCAUUUAGGUUUCCAUUACAAAGUAAUGAUGCUUUGAAGGGUAAGAAUCUGAGGUUUCAUGCAAGAAGUACUGUUUCUGAGAUGGAUUUUGGAGGAAGUGAAUUUGGUGGUUAUGAUGAAGAGAAUCAAAGUUGCUAUAGUAUGGAUUCAUCUCAAGCUAGAGCACCUUCAUUUGCUAGAAGGACUUUGCUUUGGCUCACUGGAAAACAGAAUAAGGUUGUUCAUUCUUCAACUGCUUCUGCUUCUACUUCUACACUUUAG